AGAUGUCUUUGAGAAACCCACAAACCACUAACAGGCUUGAAUUGCUGCCUGUCAAUCGCAAUCGUGAACAUAUGCGAUAGGUAGGGAAAAACUGGUGAAGGGACUUUUACCAGUCAGGGGUAGGUUGGUUUGAUCGGUACACAUUUAUCAGAAAACUGGUCAGCUCUUCUUGUGGGGCCUUAAAGAUAGUUAAAUUACUUUCAGUCGCUCUAAAUCCAUGUAUGGAAAACUCAUUUUUUAUAACGUAAACAAAUGGGUCUUCAGGUUUUCCCGGCCUGCUGAUUGUGUAUCAUUUAAAAAAGUGGGGCUUUCAAGAUUUUCGCGGCCUACGAUCGAUAUUAGGGGAAUAUAGAAUGCAAACGAGCCCGAGAUGAUUAGGGAUGCAAAACAGGUAAAGCCCGAGAAUAGCGCUUUGCGUGUAGGACCCGGCAAUGAAAGCGGGUUCAUUAUAGUGUAAACAAGGAAUCAAUCAAAAUUAUCCUAUGCAUGGAUGACUACAAUGCGUAAGCGAGUGGCCAACCUGAUCAAUUCUGAGAAGCCCUACAAUGAACAUUUGAUGAAUUAGUCUACAACCAUAUGACUUUGUCCUCAGUCAUUUGAUUUAUCUAACAUGUUUGAGCCGCUACUGGUGUAUACAAGCAUGGUUCAGUAGAUCACAGAUAUGGCAUGCUCGGUUGAUGUGCCUUCCAAUUUUAUUGUAGACGAGAAGGAGAAUUCUGAGACAACUGAAUCUCACAAUCCAACUGUCCCAGUUGUGGAUUCAUCUGCUCCAGUAGUGGAAUCAGCUGAACCAGCUGUUGCAGUUGAUUUGGGUGUGAGUGAUAAUGCGGUCGAUUCCCCUGAGCUUGUGGAUGACAGGUUGAAUACUCCUGAGAAGCCCAAGGUGAAAAAGGUCACCUUUUUCACAGUCAAGCAAGUGGACAGUGCUGUGGAUUUGGAGAAAGGACUAAAUAUUAAGGACGAUGGAGAACCGACGAGAGAUGGGAAGUGUGGAGAGGAUGAUUGUGAGAGAGUGUGCAGAGUGUGCCAUUUGAGCUCGGAUUGUAGAUCAGAGUUAGGAGACCUGAUUCAGAUUGGAUGUAGGUGUAAGGAUGAUUUGGGUAUUGCUCAUCGGCAUUGUGCAGAGGCCUGGUUCAGAAUAAGAGGCAACAGGUAUCAAGAUGGCGACUCCAAGCUCGAAGGAUCUGCAAGUCGGAAGGUUCUCCUCAAGGAAAAUCAAGCCAGAUCAAGGAUGGUCUCCUCAAGGACGAUCAAGCAAGGACAAGGGCGGCCUCCUCCAAUCCAGCGUUUCAAGGCGAGGUACAUCAUCAUCCUGCAAAUCAAGGACACAAGAAGUCAGAGCAAAGGGUUCGUUGAAGAAGCAGAUAGUUCCAGAUGAAUUAAUUAAAGCUAG